UCGGUAAUCUGCGGCGGUUCCCGAUGCCCGCAGUAUCGCUACCGGACUCCGCCGGACGGAGACGGGGCGGAAGAGGAUAUUUGAAUCGUUGGUCUAUCUACAAUGGUGAUGCUGAAGGAUCAGGGACUGUAAAACUGGUGCUGUAGCGGAGACACAGUGUUUUGAUAUGUCAACCUUCCUCGUUCAGACAGGUAGUAAUUGGAUUGUGUAGUACAGACAGACGCACCAUGUAUUCAGAGUGGCGGUCGUUGCACCUCGUGAUCCAGAGCGAUCAGGGUCACAUGAGUGUUCUGCACAGCUAUCCUGACAGUGUGGGUCGUGAUGUGGCGAACGCAGUGGUGCGCCCGCUUGGACUGGGCUUAAACACCAUAGGGGUCGAGAGCAUCCUCAAAACGGACAAAGAGGUGAAAUGGACAAUGGAAGUUCUGUGUUACGGACUGACCCUGCCUCUAGACGGAGAUACUGUAAAGAAUUGUGUGGAUGUGUAUACUGACUGGAUUAUGGCACUGGUGGCUCCUCGAGACUCUAUUCCUCAGCCAAUCAUCAAGGAACCAAACCUCUAUGUUCAGACUAUUCUCAAACACCUCCACAAUCUCUUUGUGCCCAGGCAGGACAAUGCUCCCAACCAGUUCAGACUGUGUCAGCAGGUUUUAACAGCAGUACAGAAGCUGGCUCGGGAUUCCGCUACUAUGAUGAGGGAAACCUGGGAGGUUCUGUUACUGUUCCUGUUGCAGAUCAAUGACACACUUCUAGCCGCUCCAACUGCCCCGGGUGGAAUUGCUGAGCAUUUGGCAGAGAAGCUGAUAAGUGUCCUGUUUGAAGUGUGGUUUUUGGCAUGCACCCGCUGCUUUCCCACCCCUCCCUAUUGGAAGACAGCCAGGGAGAUGCUAGCCAACUGGAGACACCAUCCCCCUGUGGUGGAACAGUGGAGCAGGGUCAUCUGUGCACUGACCUCCAGAUUGCUGCGCUUUACGUACGGCCCAUCAUUUCCUCCAUUUAAAGUCUCGGAUGAAGAUGCAAACUUAAUUCCUGCUGAAAUGGACAAUGAUUGCAUUGCCCAGACUUGGUUUCGCUUUUUGCACAUGCUGAGUAAUCCUGUGGAUUUGAGUAACCCAGCAAUAGUCAGCUCCACCCCGAAGUUCCAAGAACAGCUCCUGAAUGUCACUGGUGUACCACAGGAAGUUAUUCAGCACCCCUGCCUCAAACAGCUGCCUCAGAUAUUCUUCCGUGCCAUGCGAGGGAUCAGCUGUCUGGUUGAUGCAUUCCUAGGUGUUGCAGUCUCUAAGAUCUAUAUUCAUGAAAGACUGCCAUCUUGUGGCUUUGCAGUUUCUAAGAAUUAUUUACGUGAAAGACUCCCAUCUUUAGGCAUUAUCGUCUCUAAGGGCUAUAUACGUGAAAGACGACCCUCCUCUGGUAUCUCAAGGCCUAGGUCGGACAGUGCUCCACCUACUCCUGUCAACAGACUGAGCAUGCCUCAAGCAACCACUACAAGCAACACCACCCCACCUCACAGCAGGAGGCAUCGGGCUGUCACUGUAAACAAGACAACCAUGAAAGCCACUACAGGGAAUACUGCUCACCCUCCCAAAAUCCAGCAUCAGACAUCCACAACCUCGCCACUGUCUAGCCCCAACCAAACUAGCUCUGAGCCCAGACCGCUGCCCGCACCCACCAGACCAAAGGUCAACAGCAUCCUCAAUCUGUUUGGCCAGUGGCUGUUUGAUGCAGCGUUGGUUCAUUGUAAACUUCAUAACGGAAUGAACAGGGACAACAGCAUGACUGCAUCUUUUAUCCAAAUUCUUCUUUCUUAUAAAUCUUCUUUGGCGACCCAAGCAGGUAUAGAGUUCCGUCGGAAAGGCUCUCAGAUGUCCACUGACACCAUGAUCUCCAACCCUCUGUUUGAUGCCAAUGAGUUCCCAGAUAACUAUGAAGCAGGAAGGGCAGAAGCCUGUGGAACACUGUGUAGAAUAUUCUGCAGUAAGAAGACUGGUGAAGAAAUCCUGCCAGUGUAUCUCUCCAGGUAUUACAUGGGUCUGAUUCAGGGUUUACAGAUAGGAGAUUUCAUCUGCCGCCCUGUUCUUGCCAGCAUCAUCCUCAACUCUUCUGCAUUGUUUUGCACCGAUUUGAAAGGAGUUGAUGUUGUGGUACCUUAUUUUAUCACCGCACUGGAAACCAUUCUGCCUGAUAGGGAACUUUCAAAAUUUAAGGCUUAUGUGAACCCCACAGAUCUGAGAAGAUCCUCCAUCCUCAUUCUGUUGUCCUUGUUGCCUCUCCCCCAUCAUUUUGGCAAUGUAAAGUCUGAGGUGCUGUUGGAAGGCAAGUUUAGCAAUGAUGACGGCUCGUCUCACGACAAACCAGUCACAUUCCUCUCGCUGAAGUUAAGGCUGGUCAAUAUUUUGAUAGGAGCUCUGCAGACUGAAACGGACCCAAACAACACACAGAUGAUCCUAGGUGCAAUGUUAAAUAUUGUUCAGGAUUCAGCACUUUUAGAAUCCAUAGGAGCACAAUCCGAAAUGGGCAGUAGUGAAGGGAGUCACCUGAAGAGCCAUAGCCGCAAUAACAGUGGGAUCAGCACAGCCAGUGGAGGGAGUUCAGAAGCCACCACUCCAGACAGCGAGAGGCCAGCACAAGCUCUCCUGAGAGACUAUGCUCUUCAUACAGAUACAGCUGUGGGGCUCCUGAUUCGCAGCAUCCACCUGGUGACGCAGAGACUCAACUCCCAGUGGAGACCUGACAUGAGCAUCUCCCUGGCUGCACUGGAGCUUCUUGCUGGUUUGGCCAAGGUGAAGGUUAGUGUGGACUCAGCAGACAGAAAGCGUGCAGUCAGUUCUGUUUGCAGCUACAUCGUGUACCAGUGCAGCCGCCCAGCGCCACUCCACUCUCGAGAUCUCCACUCCAUGAUAGUUGCAGCAUUCCAGUGCCUGUGUGUGUGGCUGACGGAGCACCCUGACAUGCUCAAUGAAAAGGAUUGCCUAAUAGAAGUGCUGGAGAUUGUUGAAUUGGGCAUAUCCGGGAGCAAGUCAAAGAACAAUGACCAUGAGGUGCGAUACAAAGGUGACAAAGAGCUCAACCCUGCUUCCAUGAGAGUGAAGGAUGCAGCAGAGGCCACACUCACAUGUAUCAUGCAGCAGCUUGGAGCCUUCCCCUCUCCCAGUGGACCUGCCUCACCAUGCAGCCUUUUAAAUGAGGAUACUCUAAUUAAAUACUCCAGACUGACCUCCACAAGUAGAGACAACUUUCGUUAUUUCGUCCUGGAUAACUCUGUCAUUUUAGCCAUGUUGGAACAGCCUCUCGGAAACGAACAGACAGAUCCCUGCCCGUCAGUGACUGUGUUGAUACGAGGGAUGUCAGGGAGACAUGCCUGGACCAUGCAGCUCUACCACCAGCCCAGAGGGGCACGGGCUCACCAGAAGCAGGUGUUCGUUCCAGAGAGCCGUCCAGCUCCUAAAAAUGACGUUGGCAUUCGGUUUACUGUGAAACACAGACCAUUCCCUGAGGAAGUUGAUAAAAUUCCAUUUGUGAAAGCUGACCUGAGCAUUCCAGACUUGCAUGAGAUUGUAAAUAGUGAGCUGGAGGUCCAGCACGAGAAGCUGCGGAAUGUGAUGGUGAAGCAGAUGGAGUACGAGUCGGCUCUGGAGCGGCACAGCGAGGAUCUCUGGAGAAACAAGAGCUUCCCUGACCCUGUCACAGACUGCAAGCCCCCUCCCCCUGCACAGGAGUUCCAGACUGCACGCCUCCUCCUCUCGCACUUCGGAUUUCUCUCACUCGAAGCAUUAAAGGAGCCUGGCAACAGCCGCUUACCUCCUCAUCUUAUUGCACUGGACUCAGCCCUCCCUGGCUUCUUCGAUGACAUUGGGUACCUGGACCUGCUGCCGUGCCGACCCUUUGACACUGUCUUCAUAUUCUACAUGAGGGCAGGGCAGAAGAGCAGUCAGGAGAUCUUGAGGAAUGUUGAAUCAUCAGCUAAUGUUCAGCACCACUUCCUGGAGUUCCUGCUGUCUCUGGGCUGGCCCGUUGAUGUGAGGAAACACCCUGGCUGGACAGGAAACGUCUUCAGCAGCUGGUCAAUCAACUCAAGCAAUGGCAGGGAGGGCCAGACACAGGAUGAGUCCCCUACCUUGGAGGACACCGGUGGAGGUAUCUUCAGUGGAGAGAAGAAGGUGCUUUACUAUGCUGAUGCCUUGACUGAAAUAGCCUUUGUUGUUCCAUCAUUACUAGAUUCUUCUGCUGAAUCAUCAGAGAGCAGCUUCCCCACCCUGGAAGCCGAGUCCCAAAUGGACCUGUUUCCUAGUUUACUGAAACAGUCUAGUCUGACACUGGAGCUCUUCCCGAACCACUCUGACAGUCUUAGCUCUUCACACAGGCUGAGUCCCACAACUAAAGCAAAGAAGAUUCCUCCUGGCCGGACAGUGCCUCCACUGGGCCCAGAGACGAAGGUGCUGGUGGUUUGGGUUGAACGCUACGAUGAUAUCGAAAACUUCCCUCUUUCUGAUCUGUUGGCUGAAACCAGCACAGGAGUGGAGACAACAACAAACAGCAGCACUUCCCUGAGGCCAGUGACAUCGGAAAAGGAUGUUCCGAUUAUUUUUAUCCACCCUCUGAAGAGCGGUCUGUUUCGGAUCAAGCUUCAGGGAGUCGCAGGGAAGUUCAGCAUGGUCAUCCCUCUAGUGGAUGGCAUGGCAAUCAGCAGGAGAGCUUUAGGUUUCUUAGUGCGGCAGACGGUCAUCAAUGUCUGCCGAAGGAAAAGGCUGGAAAGUGAUUCCUACAACACUCCACAUGUCCGCAGAAAACAGAAGAUAGCUGACAUUGUGAACAAAUACCGAAACAAGCAGCUGGAGCCUGAGUUUUACACCUCGCUUUUCCAAGACGUGGGACAAAAGAAGCUGAAUCCGUGAGAUGGACACAAAUAACUGUGUAGAUUCUAUAUAUUUAUAAGCUAUUUUGCUAUUUAUAUCAGCACUUGGUGGCCAUAGUAUAUGAAUGAGGCGGUUUACUUUGAGCAUCAACCAGUGAUGAAAUAUCCGGGCAGCACACAACCCAACCAACCUGCCAGACCGUCGACCGCCCCUCCUGCUUUGCUUCUGAGAAAUUGAUCUUUAGCACAGUACAGUCGGCACACGAUUUUAAACAUGUUAAGAAAACAAGGGUGAACCUGGUAGGAGCCUUAAAGAGGUUUACUGUGAGUUGUUGAAUAUCCUGUACGAUAACAAUGUCUGGGACUAUUGCUGAUGUUUUUGUUUUUUUAUCACACCAGAAUAUAUAUAUAUAUUUGAAGUUGGUUUGCAGCCUUCAUGUCCUGUGUCUUUGUUUCCAAAGAAUGCAUUACAACUUGUCUGUUUUCUUUUUCCCAUCCUGUAGAACAGUAUGAAUUGUCACCAAUAGCUGCAGGCUGUCUCUCUUGAGUUUAAUGUUUGGACAUUCAUCCUUCUGUUAAACAGUUUGGCAGCCGUGUAUGAUGAUAAAGUAGCUCUCCAGGACAGUUGCAUGUAGAAAAGCAUUAUCAUUUCAAAAGAAAACUAGGAGUACUUUUUCUUUAAAAAAAAAAAACGUUUAUAUGUGGUUAUCAAAGCAUUAUGGAAUUUUCAAGGGCUCAAAGCAAGUUUUUUUUGUGGCUUACUUCCACCUAUAUUACAUUCACUUGUUCUUGCAUCUAGUGUUUGAGAAGUUGAAUCUGUCUGCAAGUUUGUCUGUUUUGUAGUCAGCAUUCUACAUUAAACCCCUAGGUACUCCUCAUUGAUGUCAGUGUAACUCCUAGUCCCAUUUUUAUUGUACCAAGCAUAUUUCUUUGUGUCAGGUGGCUGCAUAGCUGUCUGCUUGGUAUUUACAUGCUGUUUUGAACACAUGCUUGUUUUUUAAGGUUGGAAUCAACAAUGUUUUAGGUCAGAUCACUGUUGCAGUUGGUAUUUUAAUUCUGGGAAAGCUUUGUGAAAGAUUAAAAAAACAAAACAAAACAAAAAAAAGUGUCUUCAAAAUAUAUUUGUGUGUGUCGGUAUUUCAGUUUAUUUCUCAGCAUUUAUGGGUGUUUAAAUGCAGAGGAAGUGGUUUUUAUAUCUGCCGUUAUCAGGUGAGUAAAACUGAGGCUUUUUUGUAACCGGGUGAGAGAGCGAGAUUAUAUUUACUAAAGGAUCCAGUUAUGGAAGGCAAGGUGUAUAAAAGUUCAAACUAUAUUAUAGGUUAAUGCAUUUGCAUCCUGAAAAAUAGUAUAUUCAAAAAUAAAUCUAUUCCAUAUUGUUUACGCACACAAGGCUUUAUGAAAUACAGCCAAGACUAAAAUUCACAAGCCACUGUGUGUAAAGAGAAAUUAAUAAAAAAAAUAUAUAUAUAUAUAUAUACUAUGUGUAAUCUCUGAAUUUCAACACAUUGCCUAGAUUUGAUUUUUUUUCUGUUCUUAUGAAAUAUUUGUAUUCUGUAAAUAUUGCAGGCUUUAACUUGAGAUGUAUAGAAAAGGAUGUCUAUCUGUAAAUAUGAAGAUGUCAAGUAUGUUUCAUUUGUCUGUACUUUAUCUCUUUGUUCUUUAGGAAAGGCACAAAAGCUUGUUUGUAUUUAUGCCAAUUCUAUAUAUAUAUGUGUGUCCAAAAGCAACACGUUUGGAUAUUGAAUGUAACACAUAUGUAUUGAAUAAAAUUUGAAAGAACUUCUUA